CUCGCUCUCUCUCUCUCUCUCUACCCAGAACAGCCCAACAUGUUCUCCAAGCACUUUCAUCUCUGUUUCUUCAAGCUCAAGUGCCCCACCGCCACCCCACCGCAUCCAAAACAGUCAUCCUCAUCUUCUCCAUCUCCUUCUUCCACCUCAACUUUCCUUUUCUCUGACGACUUCUCCUCCUCUUCCGACUCCGACUCUUGCGAUCCUCCCCCACCGGACUUCUCUUCCCUUUUCGCCUCCCAUCGCUUCUUCUUCUCCUCCCCCGGCCUUUCCAACUCCAUCAUCGAGUCCCCAGACACUCGUCCUACCAUCACCACGAACAACAGCAACCACGGCCUUGGUGACGCGACGCUGUCAACGUUAAUACCCAGAGGCGUCGGAGUGUCCAAGGACUCCGUCGAUCCCUACGUCGAUUUUCGCCGUUCCAUGCAAGAGAUGAUCGAAUCCAGGGAUUCGGUGGACGUCACAAGAGACUGGGACUAUCUUCACGACCUCCUUUUAUGCUAUCUCGCUCUCAACCCUCCUCACGCUCACAGGUACAUCGUUCGAGCUUUCACCGACCUCCUCGUGCAUCUCUUGUCCUCGUCACCUCCCUCUUCCUCACUGCCGCCGGAAACUACCCAAGAACCACCCCCACAAUAAUUUUUUUUUUCCUUUUUCGGGUGUUUGUAUAAUUAUUGUAAAAUUACUUUUCCCCUUUUAUAUCACUGCAAUGGAUGCUAGCUUGCUAGAGUUAAAAUUGCUUUCUCAAGACCAAGGAAUCCUUUAUAGUUUAUU